AUGUGGUUCUCUGGCUUUCACCCGCCAGGCUCCAAGAUCUCGCGGGUUCCUGCUUUAUGUUGCGGAUUACGGCCCGUUUUGGGAGGCAACUAUAAAACACCCUCGCCGCAAGAUGGAAUAUCUGACGCUCCUGUCAUGUCUUCGGCCGCAGGUAUUCUCAGUCCUGAGGUUCUGGCGACCUACGCCAACAAUCUCCGUCUAUCAAAGUACGUCCAGCUAGCGGCCUUCGUUAUCCUAGUAUACGAUCAUGGUCUUACCUUUAAUGAGGAGAUCGAGCGCAUUUGGAAGCAGCCAAUGACAGGAGCAUCAAUUCUGUUCCUCCUCAAUAGAUAUAUUGCAUUCUUACGAGCUAUCGUAGUCGUCACCGCGUAUCAUCACCCUCAAUGGACUGGCGAUAAAUGUUCCAAUUUCGUCAGAUUUAUUGGCGCUUCGAGCAUUGUAGUAACGAGCAUAUGCGGACUGCUCAUGAUCCUUCGCGUAUAUGCCCUAUACCGCCGUUCGAAUAUCAUCCUGAUCUUCCUGGCGUCAAUAUGCAUCGCACAACUCGUCACAUCUGCGGUUGGAAUCAGCAAUGCUGGAGCAUUGCAACUGCCCCCUGGUCCUGCGUUCGUCGGCUGCCUCUUGACGGCAACCACAAAGUGGUUCGCGGUCAACUGGGCCGGGCCCCUCUUCCUUGAUGGUGCAAUCUUCUUCUUGACGCUAUGGCGCACCCGCGAAUACAUUCUCUCCACGGGUAGAAUACCAGUCCUUCAUGUUCUCGUCCGCGACGGUACACUAUAUUUCCUAGUAAUAUUCCUCGUCAACCUAGUUAAUGCCUUUUUAUUCUUCCUCGCGCCCAACAGCCUCAAGUCAGUCGCAACAACACUGAGCGUCAUGCUGACCUCAGUUAUGGUCUCUCGCCUCGUCCUCAAUCUCCGCCUAGCCCCAGCAGCGGGUGUCAAUAAUCCCGUCGCUUCAGGAGCAUUACCCGGCCCUGGAACCACCGGUACCCCCAAGCCAUCUAUCGUGUUUAGCAGCAUGGCUACGCUCGCGAUCGGGAACCUGGGACAGGACGUCGAGACGCACAAGUCGCAGGACCGUGCGUCCAUCUUGACAAACAGCUCACACAGUUCGAGGAAUCUGCUGAGAUGGUGA